AUGAAGUCGUUGUCAACUAGUGAAAUCUACAAUGUUUCAUCUAAUACUUGGAGCCCGGAUACUCAAAUGUUGGUAGCUUGUGCAGGCUAUGCUGCUUCUUCAUUAUUAUCAGAGAAAGUUUUAGUAAUAGGAGGUGGUUAUAAUGAAGAUUACUUGUCUAGUUGUGAGCUGUACAAUUCAUCGUCGAACACAGAGAGCUUGGCUGCAAAUAUGUCAUCGCCUCGUGUUUACCACACCGCUUCUUUACUACCAUCAGGAAAAGUAUUAGUGGCUGGUGACUAUGGGUUAUCACUCGGUGAAGUAUAUGAUCCUCUGUUCAAUAUGUGGAAUCCAGUCAUCCACAUACUGGCAACAAAUACGCUAUAGGCAAACACUUUACUGUUUUCCGCAUCAUGUUAGUUGUAGAUGAUAUAUGUGUGUGUGCACGUACUACAUAUGAGAUUUAUCUCAUUAUCAAAUGAUAAAUCUAGACUGUGUUAAUCAUACAAUUGUGAAACGAGCACGCCGUCUUCUUUUCUAUUUGAUUUUGGGUGUGGGUUUGGAGAUGCUCUUUAUUUACAUCCACACCCACAUCCUAGUUUCAUUUCUUUCAAAAGAAUAGAUUCAUAGCUAUGUAAAUGUAAACAAUCGAGUAAUAGCUUUCUAUGGAAGCUCCAGUAGCAUAUUAUUAUAUCUUCUAAAUAAUGAAAAAGAAAGAUUGAAAACUUUAAAUUUAGAAUGGAUGAGAUCCUCAACGCUGGAGUUAUACUUUCUUGUAAAAUGAUUUUUUUUUCAUUAUUUGGAACAUAAAAUAAAGCGUUAAAAAAGAUUUCACUACAAAGCUAUUACUCGAUUAUUUACAUUUAUAUAGCAAAUGAAUUUGUUCUUUGAAAAGAAAUAAAAUCACACCAUUGUAUAACUCCUGACUUUCUACGGAUCUAUAUUACCUGGUUUCUGUUAUUUAUCGAUAAACAUUACAUUUUGCUAUUAUUUGUAAUAUUAAGACAAUGCGAAUUAUAUCUAUUCAUCGCUAAUUUUAAUGUAUUAAAAUGCUUUUUCUAAAUACUUGUAUAAUGAAGUUGAAAUAUGAGAACAAAGAACUCCGUUAAAAUGCGAUUUUCCAGACGUGUUUGAUCAUGCACAAUGCAUUGAAUAAGAGAAAAGAAAGAAUUGUUUUAACAUGUUAUUUUCAUAUUUCUGACUAUGAUCAGUCAUUUGAGGAAUAAGAUAUUAGCACUUUUUGUUAUCGUGUACAUGAAUCUUAGUCAUUAGUGUAAUGGUUUUUGCCGUUAAACUAUACUUCAUGUACAAUAUUCUCUUCGCUCUCUAUUCGUGUGUUCACAAACUGAUCUUGUAACCUGCCAUUCGUUGUUCUAUUGCGAGAUUGUUGCUUCUUUGUUUCUGUUGACUAAUGCAUGAUCAAUCUUUGCUAUAUAAGGAAAUGUAGACGAAGAAAAUUCACGACUAGAAAUAUGCAAAUAACACAUAAUACAGCAUCAUAUCGACAGGCA